AUUGCCGGGCCUGCCUGGCCACCCUGCGCAGCGGCCUUGCGUCCUCUCCCGGGGCGGAGCGGGUCGGCGGGCCUGACAGGGAACCUCCCUGACCGAGCCCACGUCUCCCCACGGCCAGAGAAAUCUCCGGCCCGGCCCGCGUCGCCCGGAGGAACGGCCGGAGCCCAGGAGAACCACAUCUUCGUCCCAGCCCCGGAGGCUCCUGUGGGCAAGAUCGUGAGCCAACGGGUUCCUGAGGCCCCUCCUGGCCAGGCAGGGUUUCCCCGCGCGUUUCCGAGGAGCCCUGCCUGGCCGGGCGGCUGGACAAACAGUGCACUUGCCGGCGGUCCCAACCCAGCAGGAGAAGUGGACAUGAGGUUGGCAGGCCCUCUCCGCAUUGUGGUCCUAGUCGUCAGUGUGGGUGUCACAUGGAUCGUGGUCAGCAUCCUCCUGGGUGGGCCUGGCAGUGGCUUUCCUCGCAUCCAGCAACUCUUCACCAGUCCAGAGAGCUCGGUGACUGCAGUAACAGAAAAUCCUUCUGUCUUGGGUCCCUGUGGCCUCACCAGUAGGCCACAGAGUAUGGAAGUGUCCCCAGCCUUGGCCUGAGCCACAUCCCCCUACUUGUGUCCUGCUCUGCGGUCACUUGUUCUACCAUGUGUGCUGGUCCUGACCUCCCCUUCAGAUCUCAGGUGACCUCAGGGCCAGGCCCAUGGAUAACACCUGCUAUCCCUGCCCAGCGCCACGGGCCAGGAAGUACAAGUGUGGCCUGCCCCAGCCAUGUCCUGAGGAGCACCUGGCCUUCCGCGUGGUCAGCGGGGCCGCCAACGUCAUUGGGCCCAAGAUCUGCCUCGAGGACAAGAUGCUGAUGAGCAGCGUCAAGGACAACGUGGGCCGCGGGCUGAACAUCGCCCUGGUGAACGGGGUCAGCGGCGAGCUCAUCGAGGCCCGGGCCUUUGACAUGUGGGCCGGAGAUGUCAACGACCUGUUGAAGUUUAUUCGGCCACUGCACGAAGGCACCCUGGUGUUCGUGGCAUCCUAUGACGACCCAGCCACCAAGAUGAAUGAAGAGACCAGAAAGCUCUUCAGUGAGCUGGGCAGCAGGAACGCCAAGGAGCUGGCCUUCCGGGACAGCUGGGUGUUUGUCGGGGCCAAGGGUGUGCAGAACAAGAGCCCCUUUGAGCAGCACGUGAAGAACAGUAAGCACAGCAACAAGUACGAAGGCUGGCCCGAGGCGCUGGAGAUGGAAGGCUGUAUCCCGCGGAGAAGCACGGCCAGCUAGCACGGCCAGCGCCAGGACCGGGCCGAGGGAGGCCAGACCAAGGGAGGCACGCGCGCUGCAAGGCGGACAGAGGCUGAGGCUCACACCCCACGCCCAGGCAGGAGCGCUCCCUGGCCCCAACACAUCGGGGCUCCGAGGCAGUGACCAGAACGUGGUCUCAAGGUGGUGGGGGCUAUGGGGGCUGCAGGGGCUAGCCCUGCCGCACUUUGUCACGGGAGCCCAGGGUACCCGCCUCCUUUUCGUAACACUGUUCCCCCCGGUCAGCCCAUCUAGCCCUGUCCUCCAUUCCUCACGCCAUCUCCGUCCCCAUCCUGAGUCCUGGAACGGCCCUGGGUGCCCGCCCCUCACUGUGCAACUCUGGGAGCAGCCCGGCAGGUUGGGGCAUCUUCCAGAACCUCUCCCUUCUGGAGCCACUCUGCACUGCGGGCUAAACAUGUUUCCAGUGUGAUUCCUUCCAGUGAGCCAAACCCGGUGGCUGCUUCAUGAGCCUGACUGCCUCUCGCCUGCUCUCAGCAGGAAGGGACCCCUGGAGCAGGCUGGCCCGGGGUGGUGAAGUAGCUGGAGCCCGAUCACAGUCCCGCGGUUUGUCAGGGGGCCCACCUUCUAGAUGACCCCUUAAUAAAGUGAUGGCCCCACAGAAGAAA